AUGAUUACAGCGUUCAUCAUGUUCGUGGGCACUCUGAAAGGAGGCUCGGGCUUCGAGCCUUCGGCCAACGCACUUCCGUCAUUUGCGAUUCUGUUCAUUAUCGCUCUGACCUAUCAGGCACUCCUGGUCUACGAUACUUUGGCGCAGAAGAACACAAUGCAACUGCUCGGUCUCUGUUUCUAUGCUGCCUGUCUUUGUGUGUACGCUGGGCUGCAAUACAAUCAGGUUGACAGAGCAGUCGAGGCGCUAGAGGUCGAAGGAUGGGUGGGCAGGUCCGCUUGGUCCAUUCUCAAGCCAUCCUUGAUAACCAUUAUCUUAAUCACUGGGCUUUACCUGGUAGCUAUUUGUUGCAUCAGUGUGAAGCUUUACGGAGAAUUCCAAUGGACGAUUUACAAACAAUUAAACGCAGAUCUGGAUAUGCAGAAUAGAUACUUGGACUUCAAGAUUUACAUCUGCUUGCUCAAGUUUGACUUGUUCUUCUUCUUAGGACUCAUGUGCCAAUUCAUAACCAUGUCAACAACAAUCAUGGAUGUCCUUUACAUCCUUACCUUCUCGAGUCUUCCAGUGAUAUGUAUCACUCUAAUCGCAUCCGCAUCAUGCAUGAGACACGAAAGCAAAACCGGCAUGCUUAUUGUCCUGGCCAUGCACACAGGAAUCUUCGCGUGGUUCAUAUACAUGACUGUCCUCAUGUACCUUCCAAGCCGCGCAGACGAUUUCCUACCCGCCCGAAAACAGCUCAGUUUCUUCGUCGCCCCUACGCUCAUCCUUGAAGUUGCGACGAUCGGGAUGGCAAUCAAGUGUAUGAGGAAUUUUGACAAGGGGUUGAAGGUGCAUGUCACUGGACAGAGUCGGGCGAGGCAGAUGCUGGAAGAACAUGAGGCUGAUGAGAUGGAAAUGCUGAUGUUGAGGGAGUCGAAUCGGUGA